AUGAUGAUUGCACUUCUGCUACGCGAUUUACACAACGCCCAUGAGGUCGCCGUUCAACGAGAUCCCCAACCAUCGCAUCGAAGAUCCAUCACUACUGCUAUGCCUCCCAAAUCCAUCAACUCUAGUAUUCUCUACGUUGGACUAAUACCCUUUGACUGGGACGAGGAGACGGUCAAGUCCGUUGUAUUUGGCUCGGGAAACAUUGUAGAUGUGAGACUUGGGUUCGACUACGAAGGGAAGAAUAAAGGGUUCUGCUUUGUUGAGUACCAGACGACGCGCGAUGCCCAGCGGGCCGCGCCACUUCUAAGCUCGAUAUUGAUCUAUCAGCCCAAUGGUUCAAGUAAGAAAUUGAAGAUUGAAGGUUCGAAAGAAGGCCACCGGUCGAGCGCCGCUGAGGUGAAGCGGUUGAUGAAUAUAAGUCGGACCAAAUUGCCCCUGAAUGUGAGGUUGCCGCCUGAGAUGGUGAGUGGCAACGGUAGGCUCAGCUCGCCCAUGCCUCAUACUCCGCAGCAGCAACAACAGCGGAUGAUGACGCCGCCGCAGCAGAUGGGAGUGGGGCCAAACCAGCAGAUGCCCACCAGGCUAACGCAGGCGUCGCGCAAUCUCCCACAGGCGGCUCACUUGCCUUUUGCUAAAUCGGAUAAGAUCAAUGAGAACUUGAGCAAAUUGACGCCGCCGGAGAUGAUUGAAGUAUUGUCGAAUGUCAAGAACUUCACCAUGUCGGAUCCGGGGAGGGCCCAGAUGAUCUUGCAGUCGAAUCCAGAGUUGGCGAUCGCGGCGGCGCAAGCGCUCUUGUUGAUGGGGUUUGUCGACAGCGAGGUCAUUACCGAGGCGGGCAAAUCCACUCCUCAGCCUCAGAGUCAAACGUUAUACAAUCAACAACAACCACCACCACCACCACCACAACAACAAGCGGGAUCAUACUACAAUGGUGGAUAUGGACAGCAGUACCCACCUCAACCAACCCAAGUUCCCACCGGGCCCGGGGCAGGGUCGAGGUACCCCAAUUUACCUGUUGUAGCGCAACAGCGUCUUCUGAGUUUUCCUCCCGCGCAAGCUGAUCUUUAUGCCAAGUACUUGUCGAUGACGCCGGAUGAGUUUCUAGGAUUAGCCGAGCAGGCAAAGAUCCAGAUCCAGGUGAUUAGAGAACAAUUCGGUCUACCUAGGUUGUAA